AUGGAUGCCCUAUCCUUAUCAAGUGACUGCCGAUCUAACAAACAAACAGCUGUUCAAGUGCUUCUCAAGAAGACCAGGGAAAGUGUAACCGAGAUCUUUAGUAAGUACCGCCAGAAAGUGGGCGAUGGAGCUCGCCAGGCGGUUCAAAGGGUCAGAAGUCGCCAACUAGUUGGCCUCAUAAAGCCAAGUUUGCGUUGUACAGCCAAACGUCAGCGCUUCUUUAAAAACCGCGGAUGUGAAGAAGUGGCCUCGGGAUUCCUCCUGAUCCUGAUUCUGCUGAUAUGCUUGCUAGGACUUUACCUGGCCAGGAACUACAACCACGCUUUUGUCUACGGCUCUGGCGGAUGCCUUUCGACGUUUUUGUGGACCUACGAUGAAUGCCAAAUAAUUACAUAG